AUGGUCAAGUCGAGCGCAGCGGGCUAUGCGCCCCUCUCGCCCUCGCACUCGACCGCCCACAGCGACGACGACCCCGAGGCCUCGCCCGCGUCCACCGACCCGCUCCUCUCGAGCGCCAUCUCGCUCUCGGCCCACGAGCCCGUCUUCACCCUCGUGCAGCGCGUCUCCAAGGAGCUCGAGGACGCCGUCGACACCCCCUUGUCGUGGGACCAGCUCAAGAGCCCCGCCGUAAACUUCUCGCUCGUAAGGCCCCUCGUCCACAAAUUCACCAAAGGCGACAGGCCCCACAUCUCGCUCAUCUACGCCCUCUUGCUCGUUCGCGCCCACUUUGUCGAGCGCGCAGACGACGACCUCGCCUUUGCCGCCGUCAAUGUCGCGCGGUCCGACCUGUGCGAGCUCCUCGCCAUCAAGGCCCUGUCGGCGUACGGCGUCGCGCCCGGCUCGCACGAGCUCCUCCACGUCCUGUCGAUGGCGUUCAACCCGUUCGCCGGCGCCGAGGCCACCAUGUUUGCGCCGGGCGAGGGCGUCGACGAGGCCGAGCUGCACCGCCUCGACCAGUUCGGCAAAGCCGAGGCGACCAACGCGCUCGAGCUCGCCGUCAGUUCGGGCGCCAAACGGUUCCUCAAGAGCCCGCUCGUGCAGCAGGUCGUGCGCGCCAUCGACCGCGGCGACGUCAUCUACACGCCCGAGUCGUCGUCCAACGCGCUCCUCGUCGACUCGUACAAGCCCAAGCCCGUCGUCGAGGUCUACGACUGGCGCCGCCGCCCGUACCUCGACCACCACCGCCUGCGCGUGCCGCGCAUCCGCGGCCGCCUCGAGUUUGCCACGUUCGCCGUCAUGCUCGCCCUGUUCCUCGCGACCCAGGCCACGUACCGCGUCGAGCGCGUCAACGCGUGCGAGGCCCUGUUUGUCCUGUGGGGCAUCGGCUUUGCGCUCGACGAGUGGAGCGCGCUCGCGGCCAACGGCCUGACGACGUACGCCUCGGGCGCGUUCAACAUCCUCGACUCGUGCUUCUGCGUCGUCCUGUUUGCGUUCCUCGGCCUGCGCGCCGUCGGGCUCGCGAGGGGCGACGACGAGCUCGGGACGCUCGCGUUCGACACGCUCGGGUUGGCCGGAUGCGUCCUCCUCCCGAGGUUGACCAUCUCGCUCCUGCGCCACAACGUCGUCCUCCUCGCCCUCGGCGCCAUGAUCAAGGAGUUCACCAUCUUCAUGGGCCUCGCGUUCCUCACGGCAUCGGGCUUCCUGUGCACGUUCCGCAUCCUGUCGCGCGGCACGUGGAGCGUCGGCCGCAUCUCGUGGCUCAUGCUCAAGAUCUGGCUCGGCUCGGCGUUCCUCGGGUUCGAGGCGGCGCAACAGUUCCACGAGUGGUACGGGCCCGCCCUCAUGGUCGCCUUUGCCAUCCUGUCGCAGACCCUCCUCCUCACGAUCCUCAUCUCGCUCCUGAGCAACACGUUCGCGGCCGUCCAGGCCAACUCGGAGGUCGAGCUCAUCUACCAGAUGACGCUCCGCACGCUCGAGCGCGCCAAGGCCGACCCCUUGACGUGCUACGUCCCGCCGCUCAACACGUUCGCGUUUGCCGUCCUCGUCCCGCUCAGGUUCAUCCUCUCGCCACGCGCGUUCCACAAAGCCCAAGUGUACCUCGCGCGCACCCUCAACCUCCCGAUCCUCGUCGCGCUCGCCCUGUACGCGCGCCUC